UACUACAUCGUUUGUUGACGUAUCAUCAGUUCCAUCGCAUGUGUUGACCUUCAUCACAAAUUAUCCCAGAAAAUCGUACCAAAAAAACACUUUUAUUAUGCUCAGAUCAAGAUAUUCUAUAAUUUCAAGGGUUCCCUAUUUAACGAGAAGUGUUGUAAGCGUGGUUCGGUCGCCAAAGAGGUUUGAUGUAGCUUAUCCUGUAAUCACAGGUGUACAAAGACAAUAUGCAACACAAACAAAGAAUCAAGAAUCCAAAUCCUUUGCAAUGGCUUUGUUCAAAGGGCAKCUUGAAGCAGAGCAAGUAUUCCCAUUUCCACAAGUGCUUGAUGCUGAUCAAGAAGAAACUCUAAAAGCCCUCGUCGAUCCUGUACAAAGGUUUUUCGAGGAAGUCAAUGACGCUGCCAAAAAUGAUGAGCAGGAAGCAGUCAGUGAUGAUGUCAUGCAAAGUUUGAAAGAAAUGGGUGCUUUUGGGUUACAGGUUCCCACAGAUUUAGGAGGUAUAGGGCUGACUAACACCCAGUAUGCAAGACUGGUAGAGAUAGUAGGUUCCUUUGAUCUUGCUGUAGGGAUUGUCCUUGGGGCUCAUCAGUCUAUUGGUUUUAAAGGAAUCCUUCUGUUUGGAAACAAGGAACAAAAGGAAAAGUAUUUGCCUCAGGUAUCAGUUGCCAGUAAAUAUGCAGCUUUUUGUUUGACAGAACCUUCAAGUGGGUCAGAUGCAGCUUCUAUCAAAACUCGAGCUGAGCUGAGUAAAGAUGGGAAGCACUAUAUACUGAAUGGUGGAAAAUUAUGGAUAAGUAAUGGAGGAAUUGCAGACAUAUUUACUGUUUUUGCCAAGACUCCUUUUAAAGAUCCAAAGACAGGAGAGACAAAGGACAAAGUUACAGCUUUUAUUGUGGAGCGAGAUUUUGGUGGAGUAACAAGUGGGCCACCUGAGAAGAAAAUGGGCAUCAAGGCAUCCAACACCGCUGAGGUCUACUUUGAUAACGUCAAAGUCCCAAUAGAAAACGUUCUUGGAGGCGAUGGAAAUGGCUUCAAAGUUGCCAUGAAUAUCUUGAACAACGGUAGAUUUGGUAUGGCUGCUGCUCUCUCUGGAACAAUGAAGGGUCUCAUUGCUAAAGCGGUGGAUCACGCUGCAAAUCGAACCCAGUUUGGGGAAAAGAUCGAUCAUUUUGGUGCCAUUCAGGAAAAGAUAGCUCGUAUGGCAAUGUGUCAUUACGUCACAGAGUCCAUGGCUUAUAUGAUCAGUGCCAAUAUGGAUCAAGGGGCUUCAGAUUUUCAGGUCGAGGCAGCAAUCAGCAAAGUCUACGCAUCGGAGGCAGCCUGGUUUGUUGCUGAUGAAUGUAUCCAGAUCUUAGGUGGAAUGGGCUUUAUGAAGGAUUGCGGAGUCGAACGAGUGAUGAGAGAUCUACGCAUAUUUCGAAUUUUCGAAGGAACCAAUGAUAUCCUGAGGUUGAUGGUGUCUCUUACAGGACUACAGGGAGCUGGAAAACAUCUCAAAGAACUACAAAAAGCCUUGACGAACCCCGCAAAUGUAGGCUUGUUGCUUUCUGAAGGAAUCAAGAGAUCAAAAAGGGUGGUUGGUCUAAAGUCUGGUCCAUCAAUAACUGAACAUGUCCACAGUGAGCUACAACCAUCAGCUGAAAAGGUUUCUGUAGCUAUCGGUGAAUUUGGAGCCUCUGUUGAGGGAAUUCUUAGAAAACAUGGCAAGAAGAUUGUUGAACAACAGUUCUUGCUGAAGAGACUUGCUGAUGCAGCAAUAGAUCUGUAUGGGAUGGUAGCUGUCUUAUCAAGAGCAUCCAGAUCACUUCAAAAUAAUUUACAAUCUGCACAACACGAGAAACUUUUGUGUACAACGUUCUGUGAUGAGGCAUAUCAGCGCGUCCUUCAAAACCUACAGUCUCUACAAGAUAAUACUCAACUCAGCAUGGAUGAAAGAAUGGCUCAAAUAUCAGCACAGGUUGUUGAACAACAACAUAUUGUACCAGUACACCCACUUGGAUUCUAAAUUAUCAAAUCUUAUUUUUUAUUAAGAGUAUUUAUCCGUUUUUUUUUUUAUUACCGCUGUAAUCCUAUCACUUUGCUAAAAUCAGUCUUCAUUUCUCACGGACUCAAUAAUAUGAAUUUCUAAUAUUCUGUUCCUACAUCGUUAGGCUAAGAGUGAAUCAGAUUAAGAUAUAUUUAUGAGCCGUAUAGGAUAGUUCAUGCGGCUACUAACGAUGUAAAAUAUUGCACGUAUUGAAAUUAGAAUAAUGCUGGUACUAUAAUUACAAAACAAUCGUUGUAUUUAUAACUUAUGUACAUUAUGUACAGUCAAAUAAAAUGAAGUUCUUAUAAAA